UGAGGCUUCCGCCGGAAACCCGGAAUCGAGCAGAAAACCAAGCUCGGAAGCUAGGCUGUGGGUGUUGCUAGUCCCUCGUCCUCGUCUCCUGCGUCCAAAUUUAGGUUUUCACGCCCAGUUUUUACAAGGUCCUGAGCUCAGCCCCACAUUCCAACUUCGGCAGAACCUGAGGCCAGGAAAGGAACCUAUUUCCGGCCUCACCUCCCACUCUCCUGUCCUUCCCCGGUCCCCCUCUGCCCCCCUGACCAUGGCCCAGAAGCCGAAGGUAGACCCCCACGUCGGGCGCCUGGGAUACCUGCAGGCACUGGUCACGGAAUUCCAAGAGACGGAGAGCCAAGACGCCAAGGAGCAAGUACUGGCCAACCUCGCCAACUUCGCCUAUGACCCCAGUAACUACCAGUAUCUGCGGCAGCUGCAGGUCCUUGAUUUAUUCCUCGAUUCGCUGUCGGAGGAGAAUGAAAACUUGGUGGAGUUUGCUAUUGCCAAAAUCCCUAAUCCCCAGAAUAGUAGCUUUCCCAGCCUUGAAUCCCUCCAUGGGGUUAUCGGCAGAGUAGAUUUCUCUUGUAUUUAUUGUGCGUGACAGAGAGUCCCCGUCGUACUUAGGUGCACGUUUUGCUAUUGCUGUCAUUUCCUUUUCUCUUAAUGUCGCUGGCCCUAAAUGGCCAGCUGUCGGGUGCUUAUUCCACUAACAGGCUCUGUGCUGUGCUUUGUAGCUUUGAGUCUUUUCGUGUCUUGUGGCAGGCCUGACAUUGUGAUCUCCACGAGGACAGAGCCCAGCUUUGCCUAUCUCUGGGGAAGGGGAGGAAAGAGCCCAGAAGGUGCAGAGCACUAACCAUGACUUGUUGCUGCAGCCCUGAGUGGGGUUGGUUCUGGAAUAACUGGCAGAGAGAAGAGGUGGGUUAGAUUGCCUGUGGCCCACAGAACCAAAACCAGUGUCCGUUGGUUGGCAAGGAGUGUAGUGAGUUUGGUAAGUGCUGGGCUUUGGGGUCAGGCAGGCCUGGGUUCAAGUCCUGGCUCUCCCGCUUAACUCCUGGCCUGUGAUUUGCCUUCUCUCAUCAUGUCAGGCGGGGCAGCACCAGUACCUGCCUCACAGAGUUGUUGAGAGAAUCAAAUGAGAUCAAGUGUCUGCAGCUGCAGGAUCCCCUAGGCCUCCAUCCCAAGGGCCUGGUGUCCAGGGCCCCCUCUGAGGAUAAACAGUUCCCUCAUCUCCCAAAGAGGAGGUGGGAUGGCAUGCUGUCCUUCACGAGGGGAACCACUUGUCUGCCUCAGGGGUUCUUUCCUUCUGGAAAAACACUGAAUAAUAGAAAAAAUAAUGAAAGUUGAUCGUUGGCCUCCCAGCGAGUGUCUGGGCAGCAUUAGGCAAAGGGUGCCUGGCCCUAAUGCAUGUGUUGGCGCUGUACCCAGGCCCCCCUAGCUACAGAGCUGGUGCUCUCACACUUCGGAGGACGUGGAGUGGUAGCUGGCACUCAGGGAGCACUCUUUGUGUGCCAGGCACUGCCUUCUGUGCUUUGUCGCCUCUGACCCUGAGGCACUGAAAGUGGCGCUCAUAACUUCCAUUUUCCAUAAGGAGUCUGAGGCUUAGGAAGGAUCAGUGGGUUGGCCCAAGGUUUAAAGAGUGCCAGCCUGGGACAGAAACCAAGGCUGUCAGAUUCUAGAAGAGGGCAGAGGAGUUCCCAGUUCCUGGGUCUGUGGAAGGUUGAAAGGCACUUCCUCCAAACCCUUCAUGUUACUGAUGAGGAACCAGGCGUGGAGAGAGCACUGCCCCUCGGCUGGUUCAUGGCAGGGCAGGGUCCGAAUGCAGGCUUCCUUCCGCCUACCCUUGCAGCCCACCACAGUGGCAGGCAUGCUUCUGGGGUGGUGCUGAUGCGCUCAGCGCUGAGAUGAGACCUCCUGUCAAGUGGCUCUGCCCUCCCUGGGGGCUGAGGGCCUGACCGCCAGCACUUUGGUUCAGCUGCAGUUGUUUUGGUGGGCUGUGGUGGCAGGUCUGAAAGCUGCACUGUGGCGAGUUGGGGUCCCCGACCAUUGACUUGCCGGGGGGCCAUCUUCCUGUGACCUGUGAAAUACCCUGGGGAGGAUGACUACAACCUUAAAGAAGAAUCUGGUUCUGGUGGUUGCCUGUAGCCCGCAGGGAUUUUUGAGUCUCUGUACCUUCCCCUUUCUUGGCCUUUUCUUUUGUGGAUUUGCCCGUUUAGAACAACUGUAGAACUGUUUUACCUUUUGGUUGUAGUCCUGGCUGCCUUUUUCC